AAAGACGGCUCAAGGAGCAGUUAUAUUGGUGGAAAGAUGCUGUCUACCUCUGUAUUUACACAGAGUCCAGUGGACUCUUUGCAAAGCAAUAAUGAUGACCACCAACAAAAACAGACUGCAGGUACGCAGUUGGAAGAAAUGCCUGAUGGUGACACUGAGUUUGCCUGUCCAUCACCAAAGAACAAAGUCUUCCCAGAGUAUCAAACCAAAGCACUUAACAUCUCAAAUACAGAUGUUGCGCAUUCUCAGAAUUCAGAAAUUUAUGUGACGGACUCUGUUGCGUCGACACAGAAAAUGGGAAAGAUAGAGAGCGGGUCACCACCAUUAACAGAGGCCUUCCCAGAGGAAACCCAUCCUAGUCCAUCUGACCAGGACAGCCCUGCCUUCGGGAGUAAGGGUGAUGGAGGAGCCGUCAUGUCUUCCUUGAUUUCCAUAGCAGAGGAUGCUUCUCCACACCCACAGAAUCCCAAAGAGAGUCAGAGAAGCGAGAGACCCCCAGAAUUGCUGACGGACGAAAAGCAGAGUCGUGCCACCGCUCAUGUCUCUCUCCCAGAGACAACCAAGGAUCAUCCUCAGGAAGACACAACGUCGCCCCCGGGUGCCGCACAUUCAGCGUCCUCAACGGAGAUGGGUGAUAAAGUAGAUGAUCCUCGGCCACCUGUGAAUCCACACGCUAACGGAAAGGCUGUCCCACAAGUUCCGCCUGGGAGCGGAAGGAAUAUUUCGGAACAUCGCCCGCAGCCUGAAGACAAACAGAACGAAAGAGCCGAAAAACUCAACAGUCGACGGGACGGAAACUCGGGGGCGUCGUCGCCGAGCGACGCCGAAAAGAAUCGGGCGGUCCAGUCGGGCCAGGGCUCCGCUCCGGGGAGAGAAACGCUCCAGGAGGCCACGAGAACCAGGCCCGUCUCCGAGCUCAUAAAGGAGACCAUUCAGAUGCACGAGAACAUCAAGCAGCAGGACAGGGCGAAGAGGCCCGAGGCGAAGCCGGACGGAGCGCUCGAGCAGGGGCAGUCAGUGAAGGUAGCGCAGAUGAAGAAGGCCUUCGACGUUCCCAAGAAGUCUCCGGAAAAAGCGCCCGAGAGGAAGCCCUCGGUAAAAAAAGAUAUGUUCAGACGAGUGGUGCGACAGAGCAAGUUCCGUCACGUCUUCGGGCAGGCGGUGAAGAACGACCAGUGCUACGAUGACAUCAGGGUCUCGCGCGUCACCUGGGACAGCUCCUUCUGCAACGUCAACCCCAAAUUCGUCGCCAUCAUCAUCGAGGCCAGCGGCGGCGGAGCCUUCCUGGUCCUCCCCCUGCACAAGUCUGGCCGCAUUGACAAAGCCUACCCGACCGUGUGCGGUCACACGGGCCCGGUCCUGGACAUCGAGUGGUGCCCGCACAACGACCAGGUCAUCGCCAGCGGGUCCGAAGACUGCACUGUGAUGGUGUGGCAGAUCCCGGAACACGGGCUGACCGUGCCCCUGGCGGAGCCCGUGGUGGUCCUGGAGGGGCACUCCAAGAGGGUCGGCAUCGUCACCUGGCACCCCACGGCCCGGAACGUCCUCCUCAGCGCCGGCUGCGAUAACCAGGUGAUCAUCUGGAAUGUGGGCACGGGGGAGGCCAUGAUCAACCUGGAGGAGAUGCACCCGGACGUCAUCUACAGCGUGUGCUGGAACCGCAGCGGGAGCCUCAUCUGCACCGCCUGCAAGGACAAGAAGAUCCGCGUGAUCGACCCGCGCAAGGAGGAGAUCAUCGCAGAGAAGGACAAGGCUCACGAGGGGGCGCGGCCGAUGAGGGCCAUCUUCCUCGCCGACGGAAACGUCUUCACCACCGGGUUCAGCCGCAUGAGCGAGCGGCAGCUGGCCCUCUGGAACCCCCAAAGCAUGGACGAGCCCAUCUCGGUGCACGAAAUGGACACGAGCAACGGCGUCCUGCUUCCCUUCUACGACGCCGACACCGGCGUGGUCUACCUGUGCGGGAAGGGCGACAGCAGCAUCCGCUACUUCGAGAUCACGGACGAGGCGCCGUUCGUCCAUUACCUCAACACCUUCACCACCAAGGAGCCCCAGAGGGGCAUGGGAUACAUGCCCAAGCGCGGCCUCGACGUCAACAAGUGUGAGAUCGCCAGGUUUUAUAAACUGCACGAGAGAAAGUGUGAGCCGAUCAUUAUGACCGUGCCACGAAAGUCGGACCUGUUCCAGGACGACCUGUACCCCGACACGGCGGGCCCCGACCCCGCCCUGGAGGCGGAGGAGUGGUUCGAGGGCAAGAACGGCGAGCCCAUCCUGAUCUCCCUCAAGCACGGUUACAUCCCCGGCAAGAACCGCGACCUCAAGGUGGUCAAGAAGAACGUCCUGGACAACAAGCUGGCCAAGAACGCGGAGAACACGGGCCCCGCCCACAAGACGGAGAAGCCCACCCCGUCCAUAAAAAAUGAAGCCAAGCUGGAAGAGAUCCUGAAAGAGGUCAAGUCCCUCAAGGACCUAGUCAGCAGUCAGGAGAAGAGAAUCACCAAACUAGAAGAGCAAAUGUCCAAGAUCGCCAUUUAAAGGACCCCGCCCCCCCUCACCCUCCCUAUCCCCAUUCCCACCCCCCCACCCCCCCCCCCCCCCCCGCCACCAUUCAGGACGUUCCAUUGGCCGGGAGGUGGGCGGGGUCCGUCACUGCCAAUCUUGACGACAGCGUUCCGCCUGACUCCCCCCCCCUCUCCCAGCAGUCCCACGCAAACAUUCCGAGAUUAACGUUUUUUUUUUCCUUAUCCCGCCCCGCCCUCCCCUCCCCCCAAAACAAAAACCCCGGACCCCCUCCCCCCCCCGCCCGUUAACAACACCAGAGGAGAAAGAGAAAGAAACGGCAAACUCUUACAAUUAAUAAUUCCAGCUUUUUAUUGAAAAAAGAAAAAAUCGUACUUUUUAAAAGAAGUGGCAAAUAUUUUGGUUGUUUUUUUUGUUUUUUUUUUUUGUUUAUGGAAAAGUCUUAACUUUUUCCGUUUCCUUUUUAAAAUUGUGACCAAGAAAAUUCCGACAUGAACAGUUUGUAUUUACUGUGGUAUACCCAAAUGUUUUAUAUGUAGUUAUCAGUAUUGCAUUCUUCCCUUACCUUCUUGUUGCCAAAUUUUAAAGGAGUUUCGUUUACGCAUCUCCUUGACAGUAUUUUACUUUUUUUUUUCCUUUAGUUUUUUUUUUUUUUUUUCUUUUCAUGAUACAAAAUAUAAGGGACAAUGCAAUAGAAUGGUAAUGUAAAGGAGGGGAAAUAUUUCAAUCUAUUACUGUACAAAUGUAUUGAUGGGGGGGGGGGGGGGGGGGGGACAAAACAAAACAUACCGAUUUUGCGACCAACCACUGAAUGGGAAGGAAAGGAUUCUGAUAUUAAAUAGUUAUUUUUGCUGCCAUGUCCGUUUUUUUGGGUGUCCAUUUAACACGCUCCCUCUAGGUAUGGAGGCGCUGUGGAAAUUCUUUGGUCUUUUUCUGCUGUAAAUGUUUCGCAAAUCUAGUAGUUCCCCGCUGGCUGUUCUGAAGGUUGGUCUUGAGAGCGGUCUCCGAUCGGUCCCUCUCUCUUCGGGGAGGGGGGGGGGUCCAGUCUUGUCGGUGUUACCUGCUUCUCAUCGAAAACCUUCUGACCACCAGUUUAUGCAUGCAAUAAAGAUUUUACUCGCUCUAAGGAGUUCUCUCCAACAAUAAAUAUCUUAAAAGAC